CACGACCUGUGGAGGACAAAGUGACGUGACGUCACGGCUGCUUGCGUUGUUGUGGCCGAAACGUCGUGAGAAUAAUUUUAUUGUUUUAUUUUUAUUAUUUUAUUAUUUCCAUUCUACGUGAUUUUACCGAAAGAACCAAGAAGAUGACUACCCAUAGACUCAACACUGCACCAUAGACUCAACACUGCACCAUAGACUCAACACUGUCCAUAGACUCAACACUGUCCAUAGACUCAACACUGCACCAUAGACUCAACACUGCACCAUAAACUCAACACUGUCCAUAGACUCAACACUGCACAUAGACUCAACACUGCACCAUAGACUCAACACUGCACCAUAGACUCAACACUGUCCAUAGACUCAACACUGCCCAUAGACUCAACACUGCCCAUAGACUCAACACUGCACCAUAGACUCAACACUGUCCAUAGACUCAACACUGCACCAUAGACUCAACACUGCCCAUAGACUCAACACUGUCCAUAGACUCAACACUGCCCAUAGACUCAACACUACCCAUAGACUCAACACUGCACCAUAGACUCAACACUACCCAUAGACUCAACACUGCACCAUAGACUAACACUGCCCAUAGACUCAACACUGCACCAUAGACUCAACACUACCCAUAGACUCAACACUGCCCAUUGACUCAACACUGUCCAUAGACUCAACACUACCCAUAGACUCAACACUGCCCAUAGACUCAACACUGCACUAAGUGGUGGUGGGGGGGGGGAGACGUCCCCGCGGCGUGCGCGUGGUAGGUUGGAGAGAGACAUGACGUCACGUCGAGCAGGAAAUGGUGACGUCACGACCGAGUCGCCCGAGUCUGCGGGGCACAGGUGGUGCAUCAGCCAGUCAUCUCGGUCAUCUCGGUCAGUCGACCCGUGGCACCUGGGCCUGCCCCGUGACCUCCUGCCAGCGGGCGUUCGACACUUCACGUGGCUUCAAGUGCCGACGCGGAACGGAACGGAGCGGAGAUGAAGUUCUUCUGCCCGAUCUGCAAGUGGCUCGUGGUCAACCUGCCCGCCCUGGACGACCACAUGAAGCGGCACAAGGGGUGGACGGAGCCCGCUCUGUUCCGGUGCCCCCACUGCCCGUUCAAAACGUACAAGCUGAGCGUGUUCAUUGGCCACCAGGCGACGCACGACGCGCGCGAGUCACACAAGUGCGCCGAGUGCGGCAAAGUGUUCAUCGACGCCGAGGUCUUCCGCGAGCACCGGGCGGCGCACGCCGAGGAGAUACCCUACAUAUGCGCCGACUGCGGCAAGAUAUUCGCCCGGUCGGACACCCUCGUUGCCCACCGGCGGGUCCACGAGGGUGGCAGGGCGUGUCGGUGCUCCGCGUGCGGCAAGGAGUUUGCAGACUCCAGGGCCCUUCACAUUCACCAGAACGUCCACGGCCUGCCAUCGCGACCCCCGUCCGGCGGCGAACCGGAGGGUGCCUCGGCUCAGACGUUUGAUGCUCCCGCUCCCCGCGGAAACGGAGGCGGAGGAGGCGAACCAAGAAGACGGCGGACGUCCGGUGGCGGCGGUGGCGACCACUCUUUCUCCACCGGAGCGAGGCAGGCGAAGAGAAAUGUGAUGCCGCCGCCACGAAGCCGUUCAGCAGGCGCCCCAUCUACGACCUCGCCACCACCAAGCGACGGAGCCAACCCCGCUGUCCCCCUCACCUCACCUCACAUAAACACACCCGCACGCAUUUCCCCCCCCCCAUAGAGCUCCGAGGGGAGGUCACCUGGCCGACCGGUUUUAAUCCGAGAAGCCCUUAUCGGGAUAACUUUCACGGUUUCCGGUGACCAGGGAAUUGGACGACCUCCCCCGAUGCUACUGCGCGGUGCUGCGACCGGCAUUAAGAUUGCAAGGUCGCAGCAAGGGGCCACUCGGCCACCGCGGGUGAAACGCACCACACACACCCCACACACGCACGUAUCGACGGGGCCGGCAGAGGGGCAUAAGCAUUGUGCCCGUCAGGGCACGCGCCCUAACGGGCGCGCGCCCAUUGUUAAAGAAAAACUGGGAGGGGGCGACGACAGGCGGAGCAGCAUCCCUUUGAUGUAGGGACGAUAAAAAGGGGGCGAAAACGGGAGAUCUCUCUCUUGCUCCAGGAUCAGGCCACAAGACGCUCUCCAGCCCAGCGACCCGGAUGUCCAUGCGACGCAUCGAGGUACACUGCGAGCACGGGAUCAACGGACCUCCGUGGGCACCUAACCGUGAGUAAGAAGGUGCAUUAGGAUCAUAAGCAGAUAAAUCGGGAAUAGGCAUGAAGGUAUCAGCGUAGGCCAGCCUCGUCCAUUCAUACUGACUCAACAACCAGUCCCAGGUAGCAGACAAUAAAUCAUUAAUAGCU